GACCACCGAGAUGCAUUGUGGUGCAUCUCAGCCAGAGAGUUCUGAGUUCACAUCACUGGAUUAUAUCUGAUCAAAAGAUGGUUAUUUCUCAAAGACUAUCAGGUUGAAGCAACUAUUUGGAACCUAAAUGAUGAGAAGUCUCCUCUCUCUUCCUGCUUUGUCAUGUCUGUAUCCCCGAGGAACCCGCCGCAUCACCGGCGCUCUUUGAGUCCCGUCUCACCCAAGCGGCUCUAUAGAAACCUAUCAGUCAGGCUAAGGGGACGAGAGUCAUCUGUCGGCGGGGAAGCAGACACACCCAAGCACCUCGGAAAAUCUGCAGAUGCUUACAAGACCUUGUGGGACGCGGUGGAGAAUGAAGACACGUUGGCUGUACAAAGUCUGCUGUCCCGAAUCCACAAUAACUGUAGAGGAGGAGGUGGAGGAGGGGGAGGAGGAGGAACCUUGUGGGAGAGAGGAGAAAAGAAAGAGAGAGACUGGGUGAAAGACCGGGAGAGGGGGGUGAACAGAGUCAGCGAACAGGGUCUCGUCCCCCUGGAUGUGGCUGCCCUCACCCACAAUUCACCUCUGCUUCAUGUGCUAGUCAAAGCCGGAGCUAAGCACAACCCGAUUUUAUUGAGACCGGAAGAAUGGGCGAUUAAGCUCGAUGAUCUCGUGACGUUGGCGAAAGAAAGGGUGGAUGAGAAGAAGCAGGAGUUACUGAAGAAGGCCGGGGCGGGCUCCCACGCGCAGGCCGAUGUCCACAGACAAAUCAGACUCUGGAGCCUCAGGCUGCAACUUUACUGCCGGAUGAAGGAGAAUUUCCACCACACAGAACUCCCAGGUCCUCCCUGUCAAGUAUCCAUUGUGGUGACCAGCACAUCUUCUCUGUUUGUGGCAAUCAAAGAGCUCGAAGGUGACCGCACGGGGCUCAUCACCUGCUACAAGGUGGAAUGGAGCACCUCGGAGAGCUUCAAGCGCAUCCUUGGCUCAGCCCAAGUUACCGAGACCAAGAAUCCCUCCUGCAGUAUCCGGGGACUCAUCGCUGGAGUGGAUUAUUUUGUCAGGGCGAGUGCCUACAACGUGAAAGGCUGGGGCCCGCCUCGGUCUUCUACUCCCGUCAGUGCUGCUCCCUCCAGUUGGAAAGAAUGCAGUGGUGUCAAGUCCCAAGACAGAAACCAUGAAUCCCUCGUGAGGAAGCUUCUGGAGGAUGCCGGAGAGCCUCAUAACAGAGCUUACUACAAAGAGAUUCCGAAAGCCUCCAGCCCCAGCAUGCGCCUGUCCAUGGCUCGGGGCAUCAAACAACUGUUCCAGUCUGCUACCAAGUUUGUUCGUCUCUUACAGAGGGGCGUGUACUUGGCAACCGUGUUCUACCACAAGGAAAACAUCCUGGUAACUGCGGAAGAUCAACUCCCACUGGUGGAGAUCCCGUGCUGCUCAACCACUCUCACUCACAACUUUGUUUGGUUUGCCAAGUUGUCCUGCGCAUGGGAGCAAGUGCCUUGGCUCCAGCAAGAACUCUCCUCUGCUCAUUCAUCUUCCUCAUCCCUCCUACAGAAUAGGCACAAUAUUUUAAAAGCCGUCUCCCAGCUGCAGUCUUCACUGGGGACAAAAGACCUUGGCCAAGUGUACUACGAACCGCUCAAAGACCGACAGGGCAACAUUUUGCUUGUGACAUUAAAGGAGUUCCCAAAUGCUAACAGCCAUCCUGAGCCUCCACUACAAUGGAUGCCUCUGACUCGCCUGGAGAAGAAUCGUAGCAGAGCUCCUCUAUUGCCUGAACCCACUGCUAUGGAUAUGCUCUAUGAACACCUAAGGGAGAAGCUGGACUAUCACAGGCACAGCACUCGGGGGGCCAAAUCGGGUCUGUAUGUGGGCAUCCUGAAACUAUGGAGCUCAGUGGAACAAAUCAGAGUUCUGGUGCCUCAAAGGCUGCCCAAUUUGCUGUGCCACACGAGGGUCCGACACAAUGCCCACGUCACCAGGGAAGAGUGGGCGUGGCUCCAGAGCAACGUUUAUGAAACAACCAGUGACGGUGUUCAGAACCUACUCGGCAGCAAGGAGGACAACUUGGUGGAAAACAGCAGCCUGGUGGAGUUCAUCAGGGCCUUGAGAGCAGCGGUCUCGCAUCUUCUGACAAAGCUCAACAUCCCCCUCUACAGGGCCUACCAGUAUGGCGUAUACACCAGAGAGCUGCUGCAGUUAGGAGACAAAGUGUCCAUGCUGCUGCUUCUCCCUCCAAGUGAAGACUUUAGCUCCAGCUACUGGCCACUGUUGGGAACCAAAGAGGGCGGCCUGACCAUGCCCCUGCAGAUCUUUGAGCUGGUACACUUUUGGACAUAUGAGCGGGACUUUGCGUCCCAGUACUGCCGGGCCUGGGUGAGGCUGGAUCUGGACACUCACCUGGCUCAGCAGGCUCUGCGGGAGGCGCUGGACACCAGAGAAGUGCAAGUGGCACGUGAGCGUCUCAACCACGUCACCGACCUGUCCCAUCGUCUGGAUGCGGUGUGGCGAGAUGCCCGAUGGAUUAUGGACUGUCUGCAGUGCGUUCGGUCCAAGCAGUGGGUGGGAGCGGUGCCUCUUGGGUUGGUCAUGGGCGGAGACCCGCCGCCAUGCCCCGAUCCUGAGGAAGAGAACGAAAGAUUGACGGCCAGACUGACGUGGCCCUUCCGGCUGCAGUCAAAGAGGGCCGCCGCAGAGACUUUAGUCGGCGUGGCUCCACCAAAUGUUGUCACGGCCGAAGUGUCCUCUCCAGCAGGAAAUUUGGCCGUCGUGGAGGAGGCCGCACUGGUGUUAAUGGAAGGCGUUGCAAAGGGAGGCUACCCGGUCGACAUCAGUGUCCAAUCUCUUGCGGAUAUGACAAGCAUCGGCCAGUCUGAAUUGGGAUGUGCCAGCACUUUAUUUGAAUCUGGACUCGAGCCUGCUCCUGUUGGACCCUUGGAAGCAGGCUUCGCAGCGAUGGACGCACCCGAGCCCUUCGGUGAGACGGAGCUUUUCCCCUCCAGCAUUUCUGAGGUCAUCCGCCCAAUGGAGAUGGCAGAGUUGGUGGAUAUUUUGCCCACACUGAGUCUUAUUGAAGAGGAGACCCCGAGUAGUCCCUCUGCGCCGUCGGUGAUGGAUAUGAUUCAAAGCUUUGGACUGGGGAUGGCUGAAAAGGGCAGCUGUUUCCACUCGGGGAACUCGUGCUUGAUGGAUGGGGCCAUAUGUGGGACUGAGACAAUCCUGUGUCCUAACAAAAGCAAGAGCGUGAAUGACACAAACUCUCACCAUACUAUUUUAUUUGAACAAGACGUGUCCAGCUCACACACCACGGUGCCUGACACAGACAGUGCCCCGGAAGGUAACGUAUCUCUGCAGGAUCCCAGUAGGGGACUGCAUUUUCCAGUCAGGAACCAGGCCGAAUGGGACAGAUCAUUUAACAAUUCCUCCAGAUAAAAAGACCUUCAUAAUUUAUGCAGCUGCAGGUCAGCUGAUUUGUCACAGCAACAUUUUGGAUCUAGCUGCACAUAUUUACCGGAGUCGUUUCAUAAUGGGUCGGUGUAAGUCCAGAAAACCUGUUCUGGAGUUUAUAGUUAUGUUGCCUUGAGCGCUCCCUUGAUUGCCCAACAAAUAAUUUCCGCUGAUUGUCCCAUUUUGAUGAUUCUACUCAAAUCAAAACUCCGAACAAAUCCAGAAUGCAAACAUUCUCUUUCUUGACACCUAAAAUGUGGUGAAGCAACAUUUAACUGUCAAAUUAUGACAUUAAAAAAAACAAGUAUUCUAUCUUCUAAA